UCCUUUUGAACCUCACGCACGAUUCGUCUUUUCUUUCUUUUUUUGCAACAUGAAAAGAAAAAGAGAAAAAGUGAAUCAUUCGAUAAAAAAGAUGAACAAGCCUGGAUGCAUUGUCCAGUUGCAUCGUCCAGUUGCAUCGUGCGCGUGGAAGGAACCAUGCAACCGUGUGACGUCAUCAGUGUCUUUACAGUCGCUUUUCUUUCUUGUGCCUUCGCGUCUUGCAGUGUUCUCGGUGGUUCUCGGGGCUCUUGUCACGUUCACGCCGUUAGCAAAUGUCUUUCCAGCAACAAUAUCGAUAUCAUCAGUCGAAGAGGCAGAUCGUAGGAAAGGAUGUAGAUAUCAUAAGGUGCUCCCGUAGGAAUAUGCCACGUUCGCUUCAAUGAGCUGAAAGUAAUACAGACCGAACUGUUCAUCGGUGCGAUUCCAACUCGUAAUUUGUUGCUAUGAUGUAAUCGGUCCACAAGCAUAGUGGGGAUAUAAGUACAGUAAAACAUGUCUUUGUCGAUGCUUUUAAAUUGACGCCGUUUUAUGCCAUAAUUGUCUGUUAGUUCAGAGAGAAAGAACAGCGGAUCGUGAUCUGGUGUGCUUGCGCUCGCUAUAGAUUUUCGUUAAAUUUGGAUCAUAUAAUUCAAUGAUGUUUUCACUAUUGUGCAUAAGCAUUUUAUUGCUUGCUUGCGAUGCGGCAAAUCCUCCUCGGUGCAGGGAUGAGAAUAAUCGAGUCGUUGAUUGGUAUGUACUUUAUAAGUUGCCGAAGAUACAGGAAAGUAGCAAUCCUAUAAUGAAAAGUGGAUUAGCGUAUUUAUAUAUGACUAGCAAUACAGUCGAUAAAGGUUGGCAGUUGUCUACGAAAAAAAUCAGCGCGAAGAAUUCUACACCGGGGAAUACUUUAACACCUUUAUACAAUGACUCAGAGGCAUCAAAGACUCUCUGGACCAUGUACAACGACGAUCCGCCUAAUAGACCUAGCAAUGCAAAAAAUGGCCACACGAAAGGUGUUGUAUUGGUGAACGAAAAGCAAGGUUUCUGGUUAAUACACAGCGUUCCGAAUUAUCCACCCAUACCCAACAGUGGUAACGAUUCAAGACGGGGACAACACGCGGAAGAAGAAAAUUCAGGAAACUCUGAAUAUGAUUACCCGACAUCUGGAAUGAAUUUCGGACAAAGCUUUCUGUGUAUCUCUGUAGACGGAGAUCAAUUUGACAAUAUCGGUAAACAGUUAAUGAUCAAUCAAAUAGUAGUAUAUAGAAACAAUAUCCCUUCAUUCGCCACAAAGUAUCCGGUGCUCUCGGACGCGGCUAAACAAAAGCGUAACAGAAAAGGACCUUUCACCAGCAAAAAGCUCUUAAAAUCAUCUGGCGGCGUCGAAUUCACAUCGUUUGCCAAGAGCGAUAGGUGGGACAAAGAUUUAUAUGAAGAUUUCGUUGCGCCUACGUUGCAAACCGAUUUAUUUGCCGAAACGUGGUUAAACGGACGAGGUAGACUACCAUCGGACUGCGAACAAGUGAAAAAAGUGUACAACGUCGAAUCCAUUGAGGUGCCCACGAUUGAUGUUGGUUUUACGAGCAGCCGCGAUCAUUCAAAGUGGGCAGUGGCUGUUGAAGGUAAAGCUAACCGAAGUUGGGUCUGCGUUGGUGAUAUCAACCGAGCGGAUACUCAAUAUACACGUGGUGGUGGAACUGUCUGUUUCAACAAUCCAAAAGUAUGGAAAAAUUAUCGGAAAUCAGUGAAUGAUGUCGAACCAUGUCCUAAGCAGUAUAAGGCAGUUAGAGUUUAAUUUUGUUAACAACUUGGCUCAGAGAAUAAUGAGAGAUUUAAUUUCCUGAUAGAUCUAAAUUUUAUUCUUAUUACGUAUUCAGUAUAUAAUUGAAGUAUAAUGAAUUAUAUUAUAAUAUAAUGUGCAUUAUAGAAAUAUUGCACAUAAUAAUGAAAAAAAAAAUUAAAAAUAAUGCAAUAAUUAACAUACUGCACGAAAUAAUAUUUUUCCACAGAAUACCAGCUAUAUGUUUGAAAUGGCAGAAUAAAUGCAAUAUAUAUUUAUAAAAAUA